GUGCGUGCCGAGCGGCCGGGAUAUGCACCGCCAUUUCGGACGGAGCCCGCACCUCAAGUCACGGAUACACGUUGCAACGCAGCCGACGGGCAGUAUGAGGCGCGUCACUGUCGUCGCGGAUGCUCCGGCAACGCUCAUCGCCUCUCGGCGUUCGACCCCGUGUAGGUGCCCAUCAUGAGACCACGGCCUCGCCCACGUUCCAUGCAGGAAGCGCUGACAUUUGGAUGUAAUGUCAAACAGGUAUAGGCCGCGCCAGAGGCUCAGCCUCUUUCCGACCAGUGAUGAUGGGUCCGAGGACACAUUAUAGCAGCGAGGCUUCCCUCGCAGUUACCCCAAGCCUUAUCUCCGACGUACAAAGACGCCUGGUAUUGUCUUGUCACUAGCAUAUGAAAGAAUCCGGCAUCAACCGUGGCAUGACGUUGGGGCUCGUCGCCGUCGGAGCUUGAGUGGAUGCCGGCCUUCGAGAAUGUCCGGCACCUCGCGUUUCGGCUGCUCCAUCGCGCCGUUUCCAGAUGCCGGUCGCUGCCUGCGUGGGUAGCGUGCGGGCUUAAGAGAGCUAUCUAGGUCACCACCAUUGUCUCUUGGCUCCGGACGGCGAGUGCCUCUUGCUGUUUAGUGCUGACCCUAUGAUGUCGUAUAAGAGGUGAUCGUCGCCUCCUUGAUAGCAUAGUCUUGACAGUCGCGCAUCACCAACAUCGGGCUGUCAAACUCACUGCAUCUUUUUACAACUCUCUUCGACCAACGCAUUCACACUUGAACAAUGGCCUUUACUGGUAGUCGCGAGGGCAUGGCCGCCUACGCCGGCCCGACGCUGUUCCAGCCUCACCGCGCGCGCGACGCCAUCCGCGAUGCUCACAAGAAGAAGAUCGGCCCCAUCAUGUGUUACUACGCCGGACUGAGCAGUGUCCCCAUCACACGCUUCCUCGCGCCAAUGAACUUUGACGCCGUGUGGAUCGAUUGGGAGCACUCUUCGUGCAAUGUCGAGACGAUGACGACCAUGGUGCACGAAGCCAUCUUCAUGAGCCAGGGGCGGACGAUCCCUUGGGUGCGCGUGCCCGGACACGAUCACGCAGCCAUUGGCUACGCGCUGGACGCGGGCGCAAGCAUCGUCGUCCCCCAGGUCGAUACGGUGGAGCAGGCCAAGCACGUCGUGUCGGCGGCCAAGUUCGGCACCAAGCAAAACGGCACACGAUCUGCACCGCCGUUCCGGCUGAUCCCGUACCUGACAGACAUGGCGUACGACUCGCGCAACGACGUGCACAAGUGUCUCAACGACCAGGCGGCCAUCAUGAUUCAGAUUGAGUCGCUCGAAGGCAUCAAUAACCUCGACGCCAUUCUGACCGAGGUGCCUGACAUUGAUAUCGUGUGGCUGGGCAGCCUCGACGCGCGGGUGAGCAUGAACUUCAAGGCGGCGUUUGGCGACCCGUGGGACGAGCCCGAGUGGGUGGCGGCGCGGGACACGUUCUUUGAGGUGAUUGACAAGCACGACAAGCCGUACGGCGGCUUUGCCUUUGUGACGCCGCCGUGGGGCACGCCCGAGGCGUUUGCGAAGGCGUCGGAGCGCAUGGCGUUUUGCGCCAUGUCGGCGGACGUGAUGCACCUGAUGAACCUGUCCAACGACCUGCAGGUGGCCAAGGAGGAGAUAGCCAAGAGCCGCGGGGCGAAUGGCGACGACAAGGACGUCGUCGUCGGCAAGGGCAAGGAGGAGGCGAACGGCUCGAGCAACGGCAGCGGCUAGUCGGGAGCGCGAGAGUCCGAGGCCACGAUUGGCAUGAUGGAGUAAUGAAUUGCAUGGUCUAGCGAGGACAACCUGUUGCUAUAUCAAGGCUGAUGUCAAUGCGUGCGCGCGUGUGUGUGUGGAGAGUGAGUUUGGCACGUCGCGCGGCUCGAGUGCCUGCCUGAUCGGCAGCUGACGGGGGAGAGGCGGGCGCGCACCGUGGUGGCGUUGAGGGGCAGAGUUGGCGGAGCUGGCGCGCCUAGCCUGCAGUGACGAUAGGUAAAUUAAGUGACGAUGAGGGCGGUGCAGGUAGAUAAGGUUGAUGGAUGCCUUGAGUUGUUACGAAGUGCGCAGGACCUUACGGAAGACCAUCAUACCUUAGUACCUACCUCUACUGCACAGUGGGUGUAGGAGGUGGGUAGUACCUGCCUUAUACUCGGCCUCGUGGCAGACGCAAGAGCAAAUGAAUAGAGAGAGUCACAC